AUGGUGAAAAAGAAAAUCGAUAAUCGUCUUCGUGUACUCAUUGAAAAUGGAAUAAAAUCAUUCCAAAGAUCUUUAGUCGUCGUUGUCGGCGAUAAAGGUCGUGAUCAGGUCGUUAUUCUUCAUCAUAUGCUAUCAAAAGCUCAAGUGAAAGCACGUCCAACUGUUCUCUGGUGCUACAAGAAAGAGCUUGACUUUUCUACGCAUCGAAAGAAACGUAUGAAGCAAAUGCGUAAACGACAAGCAGCGACUGGAUCGAUUGGCAGUGGUAAUGAUGAGAAUCCAUUUGAAGUAUUUCUUUCUGCAACACAAAUUCAUUAUACGUUCUACUCUGACACACCGAAAAUUCUCGGUCGAACAUUUGGCAUGUGUGUUCUACAAGAUUUCGAAGCAUUAACGCCCAAUUUACUGGCACGAACAAUCGAAACAGUUGAGGGUGGUGGUUUGGUUGUUUUACUUCUUCAAACGAUGCGUUCAUUGAAACAAUUAUAUACAUUGACAAUGGAUAUUCAUGCACGCUAUCGGACGGAAACCCAUCGACAAACCGAACCACGUUUUAACGAACGUUUCAUAUUGAGUUUAUCGUCAUGUAAACAAUGUUUGAUUGUUGAUGAUCAAUUAAAUAUUUUACCAUGUUCAUCGAAUGCAAGUUUAAUGAUCGAACCAAUUCCAGCUAAAACCGAAGAGAAUAGUUUAACAGCUGAACAAAUCGAGCUGAAACAAUUGUGCCACUCGUUGAGAGAAACUCAACCUAUUGGACAUCUGAUUGAUUGUUGUAAAACAUUAGAUCAAGGCAAAGUUCUUUUGAAGUUAUUAGAUUCGAUUACAGAUAAAGCAUUUCGACACACAUGUUCGAUAACGGCAUCACGUGGGCGUGGAAAAUCUGCUUCGCUUGGUUUAGCCGUAGCAGGAGCGAUUGCAUUUGGCUAUUCGAAUAUUUAUGUCACUUCACCAGCACCAGAAAAUUUAAAAAUUUUAUUCGAAUUCAUUUUAAAAGGUUUUAAUGCACUUGAUUAUCAGGAUCAUAUUGAUUAUGAUAUUCAAUAUUCGUCAAACGAUCAUAAGGAGAAAAUCAUUAUUCAAUUAACCAUUCAUCGACCCAAACAGCACCGACAAGUGAUUCAAUACAUUCAACCAAAUGAAUCAUCGCGUUUAAGUCAAUGUGAACUGUUGAUUAUUGACGAAGCCGCAGCGAUACCUCUUCCACUUGUCAAACAAUUAUUGACUGGUGCAAACUAUUUAGUAUUUCUGUCGUCAACUAUCAAUGGCUAUGAAGGUACUGGACGUUCACUUUCAUUGAAACUUCUCGAACAAUUACGACAGCAAAGUGCUGUUCUAACAACAGCAACCAAAACAACAACAAGUCAUCGAACACUGAGCGAAUUAGAACUGAAUGAACCCAUUCGAUAUGGCAUAAAUGAUCCAAUUGAAACGUGGCUAAACAAUCUUCUUUGUCUUGACUGCUGUCAAGACCCAUCGAAGUCGAAUAAAACAACACGUGGUGCAUGUCCAUCCCUUGAUUCCUGUUCACUUUAUUGCAUUGAACGUGAUACACUGUUUUCCUAUAAUGAAUCCUCGGAGUUAUUUUUACGCCGUUUGAUGUAUCUAUUCGUUUCAUCACAUUAUAAAAAUUCUCCGAAUGAUCUUCAAAUGCUCUCCGAUGCACCCGGACAUGACAUCUAUUGUCUACUUGGACCUAUUGUUGAUCCUCAUCAAUUACCAGAAAUCUUGUGUGCGAUUCAAGUAUGUUACGAAGGUGAAUUAUCCAAAGAAAUUGUCGCACGACAAUUAUCUCACGGACAACGAAAUUCAGGUGAUUUGAUACCGUGGACUAUUGCACAAACAUAUCAAGAUUAUACGUUUGGAAAAAUGUCAGGUGUUCGAAUUGUUCGCUUAGCCACUCAUCCUGAUUAUCAACGAAUGGGUUAUGGAACAAAAGCGAUUCAAUUAUUGGAAAAAUACUUUCAAGGACAAAUCAUUAAUCUCGAUGAAGUUGAACAAGCAGAAUCUCCAUCAUCACCUGUUGCUGCUGAACAAGUCGAAAUCAUCGAUGAUGAAGAUUUACCAUUAUUAAAAGAAGAACUUCUUCCACGACAAAGCCUACCACCAUUAUUACAAAAACUCACUGAACGUCGUUUGAAACAUUCAAUUGAUUAUCUUGGUGUAUCCUAUGGUCUUUCGCCUGAUUUGUUGAAAUUUUGGAAAAAAAAUCAAUUCCUUCCUGUUUAUCUUCGACAAACCGCAUCAGACCUUACAGGUGAAUAUUCCUGUAUCAUGAUCCGGUCGAUUCAUAUGGCCGACCAAGCACCAUGGCUAUUUUCUUAUUAUCAAGAUUUCCGUCGUCGAUUACUUUCCUUACUUGGCUUCCAGUUUCGAACAUUCACACCGGGUAUGGUUCUUAAUAUGAUUCAACAAGGUGUUUAUCCUGAAACAAAAGAAGAAUUUAAAGCUUCGUUAGUGGAACAAAACUUUACCGAUUACGAUCUUCGACGUUUAGAAUCGUAUACACGAAAUUUAGUUGAUUAUCAUUUAAUUCUCGAUCUGAUUCCAAUGCUUGCUCGAUUAUUCUAUUUAAAUCGUUUACCAGUUCAAUUAACAGCCAUUCAAAUGGCAUUAAUUGCUGGUAUUGGUCUUCAAUACAAGACCAUUGAACAACUAGAGACAGAAUUAAACUUGCCACAAUCUCAACUCUUGGCACUCUUUAAUAAACUCAUCAAAAAGAUCAUCGAUUUGAUAAAUUCGACGCAAGAAAAUGAACUAGGAAAAGACUUUGUCAAUUCGUUGGAUGCUGCUAGUAUGAAACCGUUGGAUAAAUCACUUCGACAAGAACUGAAUGAAGUAGCAGCAACUAUUCGUAAUCGACAAUCGGAAGAGAUUGAUCGUUUGAUGCACGAUCAACAUUUAUCGAAAUAUGCAGUCACUGGAAGUGAAGAUGUUUGGAAAGAAGAAUUGAAGAGUGUAUCCGAUCCGGGUGUGAUAUCUAUUCCCAGGACAAUUAACAAGCGAAAAGAUGUGGAAAUUGAAAGUCAUUUUGAUCUUUCGAAAAAGAAGAAACCGAAGAAGAAGAAGAAUAAAUUUUAG